UGCAAGUCUACUUCCAUCGCGGAAUCUUCUCUAAAACCCCCUACCCACUACGACUUCUCUCGUCUUCGUCUUUGUCUUGACUAAUCUCAUUUCUUUCUUAGGAGCAGAUAUGUUAUAUGUAUAUAGAGGUCGGGAGGUGGACACAUGUAUAAUUCAUAUAAUGCUUUCUGCAAACUCACCUCCAACUCAGCACAACCGGUGAGAGACUUUUUUUUUUCCGGCGAAAAUUGUCUUCCAUUCCAUUUCCCCUCCGACAUCCCAUCAUUUUCUGGGUAAUGGGUUCUAACCCAAUUCCGACAUCCUCCGCCCACGGCGGCGCCGGCGGGUGGAGAAAUAAAAGCGGCAGCAGCAGUAACAAUAACAGCGAUUCUCGAGCUCUCCCAUCCCCUUUGGCUUUCUUCUUUUUCUCGUUUGUGCUGUUGGGCUCAAUUGCGGGCCUCUAUGCUUGCCUCCUACUCACACCUAACGUCCAUGCCUCCACCUCCGGCUGCCACGAGGAUAAUGAGGGAUCAUGGGCCAUCGGUGUUUUCUAUGGCGACUCUCCUUUCUCUCUCAAACCCAUUGAAGAUAUGAAUGAAGAGAGGCCUAAGGCUGCAGCAUGGCCAGUUGCCAACCCAGUUGUGACAUGUGCUUCUGCUUCUCAGGCUGUUCCCAGUAAUUUUGUUGCUGAUCCAUUUCUUUAUGUUAAGGGAGACGAUCUUUUCCUGUUCUUUGAAACGAAGAAUGCGAUCACGAUGCAAGGGGAUAUUGGUGUUGCUAGAAGUACUGAUAAGGGAGCGACAUGGGAACAGUUGGGCAUUGCUUUGGAUGAAGAUUGGCAUCUCUCUUAUCCAUAUGUCUUCGACUACAACGGGAAUACAUAUAUGAUGCCUGAGGGGAGUGCAAAAGGGGACCUUCGUGUAUACCGGGCUGUAAAUUUUCCCACCGAGUGGACACUGGAGAGGGUGAUAAUCAAGAAGCCGUUGGUAGAUUCUUUUGUGAUUCCACACGAUGGGAAGUACUGGCUUUUUGGUUCAGAUCACAGUGGUAUUGGCACGCAAAAGAACGGACAAUUGGAGAUCUGGUAUAGUACCACUCCGCUUGGUCCUUGGAAGCCACAUAAGAAGAACCCCAUUUAUAACACCGAUAAAAGCAUGGGAGCUCGAAAUGGCGGUAGACCAUUUGUGUAUAAUGGGAACAUUUAUCGUGCUGGUCAAGACUGUGGUAGCACAUAUGGACGGCGAGUGCGCCUUUUCAAGAUAGAGGCUCUUACAACUCACGAGUUUAAAGAAACCGAGGUUUCGUUGGGCAUCAAGGAGUCUCUUAAGGGACAGAAUGCCUGGAACGGUGCUCGAAGCCAUCACCUCGAUGCUCAGCAACUGAGCACGGGAGAGUGGAUUGCUGUUAUGGAUGGCGAUCGUGUGCCUUCGGGAGACGUAAACCGUCGGUUUGUUCUGGGAUGCACCGCGAUUAUUGGCGUUGCUGCACUUGUUAUGCUGUUGGGAAUGCUCCUCGGGGCUGUGAAAUCUAUUGUGCCCUUAAGUUGGUGCCCCCACAAUGUGGGAAAGAGAAGCGAUGUUUUAUUGACUUGGGAAAAGCCAAACUCGUUAUCUUCAAAUCUGAGACUGUUUUGCAGUCGGUUGAACCGUGCCAGUUUGUCUCUCCGUGCCAUAACAAAAUCGAACAGCUGUACCGGGAGGUUAGUUAUCGCUUGUACAUUUGUAGUGGCAGCUGUACUAAUGUGUUUGGGAGUUAAUUACAUCUAUGGAGGCAACGGUGCUCAGGAACCAUAUCCGUUGAUCGGUCAGUACUCUCAAUUCACUUUACUAACAAUGACCUAUGAUGCUCGGAUGUGGAAUUUGAAGAUGUACAUUAAGCAUUACUCGAGAUGUUCUUCGGUCCGUGAGAUUGUCGUAGUGUGGAACAAGGGGACACCUCCCGAGUUGAGCGAAUUCGACUCGGCUGUGCCCGUGAGAGUAAGAGUGGAGGAAAAGAACUCGCUCAACAAUCGGUUCAAGGUGGACCCGUUGAUCAAGACUCGAGGUGUUCUCGAGCUCGACGACGACAUUAUGAUGAGUUGUGAUGAUGUGGAACGGGGGUUCAAGGUGUGGCGUGAGCAUCCCGACCGGAUCGUAGGGUUCUACCCCCGACUUGCCAAUGGGGCCCCGUUGAAGUACCGGGCUGAGAAACACGCCCGCAAACACAACGGAUACAAUGUGAUCCUGACCGGUGCAGCCUUCGUUGACAGUCACCUGGCUUUUGAGAGGUACUGGAGCGAGGCAGCCAAGCCCGGGAGGGAGGCCGUGGACGAGGUAUUUAACUGCGAGGACGUGCUGUUGAACUACUUGUACGCAAACGCAACCUCUUCCACCACGGUCGAGUACGUGAAGCCUGCGUGGGCAGUCGAUACAUCAAAGCUUUCUGGCGUCGCGAUCAGCAGGAACACACAGGCUCACUAUGGCGUCAGAAGCAACUGCCUGCAGAAAUUUUCGGAGAUUUAUGGGAGUAUAACACACCGGAAAUCAGUAUUCGGUAGCCGGACUGAUGGCUGGGACGUAUAGCCGGUAAAGAAUUCUAACAUUCGGGUCGAAAAUUUUUCAUUUCUCUUGAUUAAUACUCCUGUUAAGGUUUAUGUUGGUAUAGGUUUUGCUCUUCUGUUUUUUUGGUUUGUCAUUUUACCUGCUGUUGUGAAUACAAUAGGUAGUUGUAGACUUGUAGUGAGUGGGAAAUGUAAAAUGUACAUUGUCUUUAAUUUGAUAAAAAAACAUGUAUUUAAGGUUCUUUGGCAUCCUAUGUUGUCAAUCAAUACUAGAACACCAA